CAUAUGGAACCGAGGCAGUUUCAGCCACCAGAUCCCUGAGCCGGCAGUCAACGCAGUGGCCUCGAAGCUGUAACAACAUCUCGCGUCCGCUCCGCCACUAAAGCUGAUAUUGAAACUCUCCCGAGAAUCGCGAUACUGAAAACGUGUUAUCGCGUGUUUAUUGAUAAGGUUCUACGAUAUAUACUACACCGAAACAUUCGCCGUCGGCCAAAAGUGUACUGUGCACAUCGAAUGUGCUAAUUGAAAAGCGAAAAAUGUUGCAAACGCUUGCAAAUUGAUCAAACAUCUCGAUCUCGGAUAUACGAAUUUAUACUGCUUAUUAAUAGCUGGUGAAGAAUUAUAUUACAUAAUACAAAUAAUAUAUCGCAUGCAGACGGCGGCUUUUGUGGGACGCUUGACAAACUGAUCAAGUCGUCGUCGUCGCUGUCUUCGUUGUUUUCUAUUAUAUAUCAUCUAUAUAACCUGGCUGCGAUCGGGUUCGAUUCCCAGGCUAAAGCUGGCGACAGAAUUUCGUGCAAAAGACUUGGAUUAAAAACCGCCAAAAUUGUGGAGGCAAUUAAAAUGAAGACUGAGCUGCGUUCCUGCGCAGCGUGUGGGGAACCAAUCUCGGAUAGGUUUUUCCUGGAGGUCGGCGGCUGCUCCUGGCACGCCCACUGCCUCCGCUGCUGCAUGUGCAUGUGUCCUCUGGACCGCCAGCAGUCCUGCUUCAUCCGCGAGCGGCAGGUCUACUGCAAGGCCGACUACAGCAAAAAUUUUGGCGCCAAGUGCUCAAAGUGCUGUCGGGGGAUCUCCGCCUCGGAUUGGGUGCGUCGGGCGCGGGAGCUGGUCUUCCACCUAGCCUGCUUCGCCUGCGACCAGUGUGGCCGCCAGUUGUCCACCGGCGAGCAGUUCGCCCUCAUGGACGACCGGGUGCUCUGCAAGGCUCAUUAUCUGGAGACGGUCGAGGGUGGCACCACUUCCAGCGACGAGGGCUGUGAUGGCGAUGGUUAUCACAAGAGCAAGACGAAACGGGUACGCACCACCUUCACCGAGGAGCAGUUGCAAGUGCUGCAGGCCAACUUCCAGAUUGACAGUAAUCCGGAUGGUCAGGAUCUGGAGCGGAUCGCCUCGGUAACUGGUCUCAGCAAGCGUGUGACGCAAGUGUGGUUCCAGAAUUCGCGGGCGCGUCAGAAAAAACACAUACAUGCUGGUAAGAAUAAAAUACGCGAACCGGAAGGAAGCUCAUUUGCGCGUCAUAUUAACCUGCAGUUAACGUAUUCAUUUCAGAAUAACGCACAGAACCCAAUGCAUAUGAACGGCUCUAAAGCGGGUCUAUACCCGACUCAUGAAUCCUCCAUGGAUGAAUUGUCGCAGGACUCGAGUGUGCAUUGCAUGCCCAGCGAGGUGUGACUAGAGCAAUCCUCGCCAGCUCGAGCCCAUCGAUAGCUGGCCACCCACAAACAAAAACAAAAAAUCGUCCUUUCCUAGUCAAAAUUUUAUGUAAAGCGUCCAUGAAGCAGAAAAUCGUGAAAACGAUCCAGAGAAAACGAUCCAGAAUUGAGAAAUGCAGUCCCAGUUUUUAAGCUUUGAGCAACCCAUGCGAACCCAUCGCCACACAUUAAAAUCUCAUCGAAAAAGACAUAGCAAACAAAAACAAACAACAAACAAACAAACAUUCCUGCAUUGUAGCGUAAUAAGCUGCAGCUUAGUUAAUUUAAUUUAAAUAAAAUUUAAAUUUAUUUUAGUUUAAUGUUCAGUAAUCAAUAAGUGUUUCCCCAUCAUUCACUUGAUAAAUUGAUAACUGCUUGCCAAGGCUCCUGUAAUAUAUUUAUGCGUAUGCCUAUGCCUAACCAAUCAUUGUCGUAUAUACCUACCAUGAGAAACGUUGUUAUUGUUUAUUUUCUUGUUUUUUAAAUGUAUAAAAACCAAUUUAAAUAUAGUACAUAUAUAUUUAGAUCUAUAGAUGUAUCCUAAACAUAUAGCUGGCCAGGCAAUUUGUAUAUAGUAAUGAUAGCCGAAAUUGAUAAGCAACGCAGAAAACAGUAAAUGAGAUGAAAUUAUACAGCUAAAAACUAACGUUUAGUUAACAGAAAUUAUAAAAAUACAAUUAAAGAUGAACCGAAAUCAAUUAAAAAAAGAAAAAACAAAUUAA